ACUUCUCCCCCACCCAUACACCUGACUCCCAAGAGCAAGUGAAUCAAAUUUUCAUCUCCUGAGGGGGAGGAGGAGUCGCCUGUGUGCCAGCUCAGGGUUGCAUCAUGCCUGGGAACUUUGCUUCAAUGAGGGGGGAGAGAGAGAGAGACAGGGAGAGGGAGAGAAAGAGAGAGAGAGAGAGAGAGAGAGAGAGAGAGAGAGAGACGGUUGCAGUGUUGCCACCAAAACACACACAGUGAGCAACAUCACCUGCGGAGAGAAACACGCUCAGUACUCUGGAUAUCCCUCGUGGCUUUGGGAACACGCACCCCCCACGUUGUUGUGUGCGCUUCUAGUCUGGGAAUAAACCCUAAACCGUCCUUCUCGGUGGAUAUCAAGGGGGGAAAAGGGGGGGCGCCCAAAUCUGUCCCUGUAAGGACGGGACCUUUUGAAAAGCUCAAGCAACAACAAUGGACCCCGUCUCCUCUGGGAACUCACUCCUGGAGCCGAGCUGCACACUCUCAUGGGAUUGUAGCGUUUCAAACCCGGACCACGUUCCUCUGUUUACUUGUUAAACAGUGUUUUAGUGUCUCGUGGAGAGAAGGGGUCAUUGUUGGUCAGUUUGGAGCCCGUGAUGCCCGCGAGGAACAGGUACAACCUGGUGGACGAUUUGGCGGACUCGAGGAUUCCGCUCCACAAUGAGGAGGCGUACCAGCAUGGGAUUCAUUUCCAAGCCAAGUACGUUGGGAGCCUCGACGUGCCCAGACCAAACAGCCGGAUGGAGAUCGUGGCAGCCAUGAGGAGAAUCAGGUAUGAAUUCAAGGCCAAGAACAUCAAGAAGAAGAAGGUCAGCAUCGUGGUGUCUGUGGACGGGGUCAAGAUUAUGCUAAGGAAGAAGCAGAAAAGAAAAGAGUGGACAUGGGAUGAGAGCAAGAUGAUGAUCAUGCAAGAUCCCAUCUACAGGAUAUUUUAUGUGUCUCACGACUCCCAGGACCUAAAAAUCUUCAGCUACAUCGCAAGGGAUGGGUCCAAUAAUUCCUUCAGAUGUAACGUCUUCAAGUCAAAAAAGAAGACUCAGGCCAUGCGUAUUGUACGGACAGUAGGCCAGGCCUUUGAAGUGUGCCAUAAGCUCAGUCUGGAGCAUGCAGAGCAGGAUGCUGAUGGACAGGCGGACGGAGAGAGUGACAAGUCUACAGAGGAAUCCAGCAGUAAUGGCCGUAAACUGACAGGAGCAGAACAAGUGGAAGAAGAGGAGGAGAGCAAAAAUGAAGGAAAGCAAGGAGGAGAAGAUCCUUCAGUUGGCACAUCACUGUGUGAGAAAGCAGUCAGCGAAAUCCUGCAGAGCCUGGCCGAACUGAACGUGGUCAAACCUGGACAGACUAUUAUAGAUUUAGAUCGAAGGUCACUCUUCACUGUGACAUCUCAAGGCGUUUCUCCCAGCAGCCCUUGCUCUCCAUCUCUCACCCCGCUGGCAUCGCAGCACUACCUGCAGCUUCUUCAGCAGCAGCUGCAGCAACAACAGCAGCACACACAGGUGGCUGUUGCACAGGUGCAGCUGCUGAAGGAUCAGAUGGCAGCAGAGACAGCCGCCCGCAUGGAGGCCCAGGCCCGCGUCCACCAGCUGCUGCUGCAGAACAGGGACCUGCUGCAGCACCUGGCCCUGCUGGUGCAGCAGCUAAAAGAGCUGGAGGCCCACUCCCCGAACCCCUCACGGCCACAACGGGAGCCUCUAGCUAACGGACACAGUGAUCAGCAGUCGUCCAGCAGCCCUGUUUCCACCUCAGCAAAGUCUCUGUCCCUGAAUCUGAAGAAUCUCUACAGCCAGAACCUGGACCUGCUCAUCACCUCCACCCCUGCAUGGCCCCUCCAAAUGUCCCCCCUCUCCCCGUCCCAGGUGGACAGUGCAGAGUCCUACCUGAACCUGCUGAACCUGGAGAACAGCACCAAACCGGACGCUUCGGUUAACGGGGACCUGGAUCCCUUCAUCAGGGCCAACGUGACAGCGGAGAACAAGGAGAGCUCGGGCAGCGAGAUCGUCCCGUACACACUGAGGAACUCUGCCAACCUGGAUGAAAAGUGUAAACAGAUCAUCCCCAAACUCGACCCACCUCCGCCCUCCUUGAACCGAAAGCGAGCCAGCAGGAUGUUGUCACCGGGGUCAGAGGUCACAGCUGCGUCCACUCCCGGAGAGGUCACCGCUAACGAAGCCGCCACCAGCCGCAGCAGCAGCCUCUCUUUCCCGGACGUCACCCCCAGCUCCUUGUCGUCGGCCGACUUCCACUCCCUCUGCAACGGCGAAAGUAGCUCCUGCUCAGCCAGCGAGGACUCCGGCGUGCGCUCCGAGACCAAAUCCCUGUUCUCGCCAAUGAGAGAUGAUGACGACCUGUUCGGAGACCGCGGGACGUUCAUGACAGCAUCCAGUGGCUGCGACAGCCCGCUUGAGGACAGAUGUGAAGCAGCUUUCCCCUCCUCUGAACCCCCUACUCUGGUCUCAGAUUCGGACACCUGUGAGCACCCACAGCCCUUCUCCUCGCCCAUGAAUGAUACCUGCCUUCACAUCAGCUUCUCAGAGGAUGAGCUGCUGGAGAGCAACCAGGAAGACGCUAAUAUCCCCCAGAGGAGCUAGACGGAGACAUUCCAGUCCUUCAAUCAGAUUUUAAUGCAAUACUUAUUAUCAGACCCCUCUAUGUUUGCACUGGGAACUUGAAUUAUUCCGUCCACUUGUGACACACUGCAGACAAACAGUAGCAUAUACCAGUUACUGAAAAUAAUCCAUGGUAUGAAUUAUUAGCCAACGUACAGAUUUAGUAUUUUUGUAAUGAAUUUAAUGAUUAAUUUACUUUCUAGAGACUAGAAUGUUAAGCAGAAUAUAUGUAGCAGCUCUGGCACUGUUAAGGUCACUCGUAAUUUACGUUAGAACUCAAAGGCAAUGAGGGAACACAUUUUAUUUUUGCUAGUAGUCAACAUGACAAUGUUAUUUUAUAUGAUGCUCCUCUGUGGUGCAAAGACAAAGGGAUGCAUGAUGUUAGUGAUGUUGGGAAGAGCCUCGUCUCCUGUAAAGCACCUCACUGAAUGAUGGAUGGAAAGAAAAGAACAAGAAAGUCAGAUGAAAGGAAAAAGGGAUGAUAGAUAGUUUUUGGUUUAUACACAUCCAUUUGAGGCUGUGUAGUGUGUUUUCUAUUACCAAGGUUGAGUGGGUUUUAGUAUGUUUCAUGCUACUUCUGUUUGGGUUCAUCAGCGCUGGGAAAAGAAGUGGAAUAGACGAGUGGAAUUUAAAUUCUGUUCUAGAUUGUUUAGUUAAUGGGUUCAGUCCUUCAAAAUAAAAGGCUCUCAAAAAAAGAUUUGGGUUCUGAGAAAGAAGUCCAGGGACAAAGCAAACCAUCAAAAAGAUCCACAUUAAGAGCUAAUGGCCUUUAAAGCUGUGGGUCGCAGCUGUCUGAGUGGGGAGUCUGUUAUAAAAUAAACCUACAGACUCAAUGGGAAGAAGAGUGGGUAAUGAAAGAGGACCUCAGAGAGGCAGCAUGUCACAUGGAUAUUUUUUUUUCUCUUCAGCCUUUUACUUAGUGAAAGAUUGAAUAACUCACAAAUUUGUUCCUUUUACAGCCAUCAAGACAAAUUAGGCUGAAAUGUUUACAUAAUUAUUUUUGACCAUGAUUAAAGUAAACAUUGGGAAUAUUGUUAAGCUAAGGCUAGGUCCACACUUAUUCAGAUAUUUCAAAAAAAUAUUUUUUUGUAUCUCCUUUUUUAAAAUGUGUCCACAUGAGAGGCGUCUCUGAUUAUUUCCCUGACCACAUGACAACAAAGAAACUGUUGAAAACACCUGCAUUAGCCUGUCAAGCUAGCAGGUGGUGAGGCUGUGUAAUUAGUCCAUCACAUCAAACACCACAGAAGAACAUUGAGAGCUUGUGGAUGAAGUGUCUACUUGAGUGAGCGGUAAUUGUAAACAUCCUUGAACUGUUUACAUUGUAAUGAAUUAAAAACUAUUAUUCACCCUCCCACUACAGCAUAAGGAACCGCGUGGUUUCCUUCUAUGCAUGCAAUUAAACCUAACAGUACAGAUCAAAUGUAAACAAACCGAUAGCCUGCCAAAAUUUUCCCAAAAUUUUGUUUUUUGCCAUCCACUUGAAAAUGACAAAACAGAGUUUUGAAAAAUCUCCACCUUGGAAGGUUUUUUGAUAACCUCUGUUUAGGUGUGGAUGUAAGGACAAAAUGCAGAGACAGAACUAUGUUUUGAAAAAUAUCCACAUAUGUGUGAUAGGGCAUUAGUCAGCUGCAAGAAUGUUAAAGCUCCUGUGGGGAACUUUCAGUUGGUGGUGUUGAUUUUGGUGCUCCCCGUGGUCACAGCUGAAAUGUUUAUUAAAAGAAAUAUCAUAUUGCUUUUAUUUACUGCCAGAUGCACGACUCAAUAAGAUUCAAAAAUGUGUCUUUUUGUGCACUGUGCUUUUUUCUUUUUUUUUAGCUUCUACAUCACCCACAGCAGUGGUUUCAGGGAUUAACAUUUACUUCAUAGAAAUAGUCAGUCUUGAUGCUGAUAGUCUUGUUUGCUUUUGUAAGUCAUAAAGAAGCAUGGAUAUUAAUUUCAGUCAGUUUGUUUGUCAGCUAAAAACUCCUCACUGGAGCUUUAAUUUGCAUAAGGGGAAAAAACACCAGAAAUAUUUCCUUGCAGCUUCUGAAUCCUGAGCAUUCUCAGAUAUUGAAUACAAAAAAUAUAUUUGUGUUAUUAACUGACAUUUUAUGGUUUAAGCACUAAAUCCAUGGGGAGAAUGGUUAAGGAAACAUAUCAGAAUAGCUUGUUUCAGCAAGUGAGUUGAACGUGUAGAGGUGUUCAUUUUCCGAUGUGCAUGUGAUACGAUUGUAUCACACUGUAAGUGUUUCUUUUUUUUAUCUAAGCGCACAGGUGUAACCUUUGACAAGUAGAAGUGGCAACAAAUGGUCGUUAGUGAAAAAGCAGCAGAUGUGUUGGGAGAAGAGAGGGUGUAAAGGUGCAGGUGCAGAUGCGAGAAGCCUAUGUUCGAAGCAUUUGGCACCCAGGUACGAGGCUUUUCUCAACAUCACGAGUGGCAGGGAGCUGUGACAGCAAUAACACAUGGAUGAACAAAAUAAAUAAAAGGACUAGUUGAAGAAUU